GCUAGGAAAGAGAGUAUGGUUCAUAUGUACGAAUGUCAGUAUCUAGUGCAGUGUGAGAAUAUACAUUAGUUAGCUUAAUACAUCACCAUAGAGCCUAGAGGAAACAUGGAUAGGCUAAAUAAUACUAUCCCCAUUAUUUCCAUAUUCUCUAAAGCAGACCAACCUCCUUAAAUUAAUUAGACAACGCGCCCUUCAAUAGGCUUUAAGAAACCUUUGGAAAAGGGCGUGUCGGUGUCCCCUUUGUUCACACAUCUGACGUGGGUCAAUUAGUUUUAUUUUCGUCUCGAUAACCUGCGUACGGUUAUAUUCUAUCAACCAAUUUAACCGUAGGCUACUCACGCUACACAUCAAAGGAACUGUGUUGUAAAUGAAAGUCUCUGAAUAAAGAGAGCCCAGUCUUUAGCUGUCUUCCACAAGUGUUCAUCCGCAGAAUGCGGCACAUCUAGCACUGAGCGGAAUAGAAACGGUUCCUGGAAAUCGAUUGCAUGUGUGCGGGGGUAGUUAGUUAAGAAGGCAUUUGAACGACUGGUUGCUUGCUUGUUUAUGUGGUGUGAAAGACUGCAGAUAUUGAACAGCGACUAAAACGUUUGAGGAACUUUAAGCAACUGAUUGAAUUAUUCAGCGGAAAUUUUCAACCUCCGUGUAGAGGGCAUCAACAAAAGAUGACACAUUCUCAUUAAUGACCUAUUGGUCAAUUUCCUGAUGUCAACAUCCUGUCCCUUAACUAUUGUCUGAGUUCAACAGAAAAGGGAAGUAAAACUUAAAGCGCCAAGAUGUCCAAUGAGCGUGAUGCGGGGGACCAUGGGCCAAUGAAACUGUUCACUACCAUGUUCUCGUCCCUCCAGGAGAAGUUCCACAGAGACCGGAGUGAUAGGGAUUCCACCCUGCCUCGGCCUAUAGCCCCAGCCCUAGUGGUGACCUCAGCCCAGAACCAGAGUCACCUCUUCUUUGAGUACCUGGUGGUGGUCAGCCUACGGAAGAAGAGAGGAGAAGGAACGUACGAACCCCAGAUCACAUAUCAGUUCCCCAAGCUAGCUAACAUGAGGCGCUCUCAGAGAGAGGAAGAAGAGAAGUCCCUGAAAGCCAUCCUCCUUUUCUGUUUCCCAGAGGGGGUGAACUGGGCCCCCCUGACUGAAUACGCCAGUGAGACAUUCUCCUUCGUGUUGACAGAGGUCGACGGCAGUAGGAGGAAUGGCUACUGCAGGAGGUUACUGCCCAGUGGCAAAGGGGCACGGCCUCCGGAGGCCUAUUGCAUCAUCAGCCAGGUGGCCUGCUUUGGACUCUUCUCCAAGAUCUUUGAUGAGGUGGAGAAGCGCAGGCAGAUCUCCAUGGCGAUGAUCUAUCCAUUCAUGCAGAGCCUGAGGGAGGCGCCGUUCCCUGCUCCCGGAAACACUGUCAAGAUCAAGAGCUUCAUACCAGAGUCUGGAACAGAGGUCAUCAGUUUGACAAGGCCGUUGGACUCGUGGUUGGAGCAUGUGGAUUUCCGGACACUGUUCCGCUGUCUCACAGACGAGGAGGUGCUGCGGGUGUUUGCCUCCACCGUUCUUGAACGACGAAUCAUCUUCAUGGCUGACGAACUCAGUACCCUGUCCCAGGUGUUGCAUGCGGUUGCGGCGCUGCUCUAUCCGUUCACAUGGCAACACACCUUCAUCUCCAUCGUUCCUUCAGUGCUGAUUGAUGUCGUCAUGGCACCCACUCCCUACCUGCUUGGUGUGCAAAAGAACAAACUGGAUGAUGUCAUUGACCAGAGCGACAUGCUCAUUGUAGAUCUGACAGAGGGAGCAGAGAACACCUUCAUCACUUGUAUAGGAGACGAGAGCACCAUCCUACCAGAGAAACUACAGGAGGAGCUUCUCCAGGCCUUGUGUUGCAGGAAAGACAACUCCACCUCGGAGGAGUUGAAUAAGGUGGUCUCGGAGGCCUUCCUCUCCUUCUUUGUGAAGACUGUGGGUCACUUCCCCUCCCAUGUUAAACGCAGAAGCGGCGGGCAGCCUGGAGUAUUCCAGAUCAACAGCUUCUGCAAGGCCUCCGAGCCGAAGGCCAGCCGCCAAUUUGUCAAACGCUUCAUCCAGACACAGAUGUUUGACCUCUUCAUCCAGGAAGUGGAGAGACAGCCCACACAGGAAGGAUUCUUCCACCAAAAAAUUGCAGAGUACCAACAAAGUAAGAAGAAAGAGAAGGCAAAGAGAGGCUGGGUGAGAGGACUUGUGGUGUAAAUGUAGGCGUCCUCAGACAAAUUGAUUCUGAUCAUGUGUACAUUUGUGAUGCUGGAUAAGGGUGACGCUACAGGACGUUGCUCCUGUCUGUGGAGCGAAGAUGGUGACAAUCUAAGUCUGCAGUAUUUUCUCUUGCCUGUAGAAAUUGUAGGCUACUCCCGUGUCAUGUUGACUGAAUGUGUGCUAAAGAUGAAGAAACACAUGUUUUUGUCAAUGUUUCUACGUUUAUUGAAGGAUGUGUUACUUCUGUUGUGAUGACUUGGCAAAAGGUUUAUUUAUUGCACUUUUGUGCUGCAAGAUGCUCUUAUAUAUAUGCUCUUAUAACUAAACAUACCUAUGAGUAUUUCAUAGUAGGCAUAAACACAAAAUAUUUAGAAUACUGAGUGCCUUAUAAAUUGUUAUUUUGUUUAUUUAAGCUGUGGGUAUGAAUGUGGAAGUUAGGAUGUGAAUAAGCACUUUUUAAAAAUGGUGAAUAAAAGUUGGACCAAUGAUGUUUUAACAUGACUUUUAAGUUAGCAUUCACGAGAUUGGUGUAUAUUAGGAUUCCCGUUAGCCACUGUAAAAGCAUCAACUACUCUUCCUGGGGUCCACAUAGUACAGAACAGUAUUAGUCAAGGACUGAAAUACAUGCAUUUAAAAUGUCACACACAGCCUACAUAUCAGUACAUACACACAAACUAGGUCUAAUACAUGGUUCAAUGCAAAUUGCAAUUCAAUAUAUAUGAAAUGGCUUUCUUUUCACAGUCCCCUUUGUGCAGUAAGGUGUUAUUUUAUGUUUAUUUAAACUGGUUGUAUUGGUAGCUUGAGUUACGUAGGGUGGCAGAGUUCCAUGUAGUCAUGGCUCUAUUUAAUAUUGUGCUUUUCCCAGCCUCUGUUCUGGACCUGGGGACUGUGAAAAGUGGCCUCUGGUUGCAUGUCUUGUGUCCGAACUGUGUGCCAACUGCUUGAACAGACAGUUCCCUUCAACACAUCAAUACCUUGCACAAAAACCAAUAGUGAUGCAGUAAAUCUCUCCUAAACUUUGAGCCAGGAGACUUACAUGCUUGUUACUGACACUUCCCCUCUGUAUACAUUCUAAGUGCGAUACGUGCUGCGUUGUUCUGGACCAACUACAAUUUACCAAUGGGUUUCUGUUUCUUUGCCGCACAUGACCAUACAGUAGUCCAGGUGCGACAAAACUAGGGCCUGUACGACCUGUCUGGUCAACUGAGAUGUUAAGAAGAAAGAGCAACGCUACAUGGCCAGACCUCUUCCCAUUUUAGCAACCAUUGAGAUGAUCUUUGACACUCACACAUCACAUCCGGGGUAUGAAAUAGCGUCCCUAGCAACCAGUGCCAGAGAGCGAGAGACAAAUCAAUAAUUUGUCGAGUUUUUAUCUAUCAUCACGAUUAAGCACACAUAUUUUUACAUUCAAGGUGAUUUUACAUUAAUGCGGUGUGCAGUGGAGCAGGAUGAGCAUCCACAACGAUUACGUUUUCCAAACGGAGCUGUCCUGAGGAACGAAUUACUUCCGUCACUACCUAGAACGACUAUGGCGGAGAAACGUCGGUCCGGGGGAACUUCGGGGAUGUCCGAAUCGAAACCGACCAAGACCGACACCGAGCUGGAGUUCCUAUCGCAGGCGGGAGUCGGGGAGUUACUCCGAGGGGCUCUGCUAAAGAUGGUAGAGGCCAGGUCGGAGGACCCAAUGGGGUUUUUGGCAGACCAUUUCUGUAAUCAGGCCUCCGAGGCUGAGAAUGGGACUGGUGGAUGCUGCAGCGAUGGAGAUUUGCUCAACCUCGGCGCAGGCGCACACGAGCAGCAGCAGCUGAGCCGAGCCCUAUGGCACCUGCGUCUAGCGCAUCACUCUCAGAGAUCUGCCUUCAGUAACAACGUCCGUGUGGCCUACGACCUGCUAACGCAGACAGGGCCCCAGCGGCGAGGAGCAGUGGGUCCCAGUGGCCCUGCUGGUCAAUGCAGCUCUAACAGCCCAGGUGGGGGGGUCAGGGGCCGCCUCUACACACACACCCUCCAGUGUCUCUGCAGCGAGGGAGGUGUCCCCAUCUCCACUUCAACCCCUCUGCUACGCCGGCUCCACUGCCAGGACCAUGAGGCCGUGCCCUACGACAUCUUCAGGCACGGUGUGCUGACGUGUGCUGUGUUUUCUGACUACAUCCGGCGAGCGCAGAGGCUGUACGCGGAGGUCUGCGGCCCAGCUGAGGGGCCUGCUGGUCGGACACUAUGUCUGGCUGUGCUGGGCACCCUCCAUGAAGCCCUGGAGACCUCCCGGUCUGAUGGUGGCUCCUCAGAUGCUAACCACUACUCUAAUGCUAACGCUAAGGCUAAUCCCUACCUUGAGGCUAAGGUUAGCCGCUACCUGGAGGCGAGUGCUAAGAUCUCACCCGGUAAGCUGGCCCAGGCUAUGGCUGGAGCGGAGCCAGCCGGGGGAAACAUGGACGCCAAGGAGUUUGAGGACGCUGCGGCAGAGCUCUUUAUCGCUCGAGUAAGAGUUGUAUGUUAGCUGCUGGUGUAUUCUCGUUCCUAUAAUGUCUGCACUGUUCCUUGUAAUGUAGUGUCAGAUCCUAGUAUGAGAUGUGUGUAUGACUUUCCUCAUUCUUAUGAAGCACCUGAAGAACAUACAGCAUGGCUAAAUAUAUACUGUAUAAUAUAGUACGAUCAUGUAAAUAUGAUUCAAUAUACCAAUAAAUGUCAGACCUGGA